AUGUCCCAGCAUAAUCCCUCCAAUAUAGAACAGAUAUGUCCCAGCAAUAAUCCCUCCAAUAUAGAACAGAUAUGUCCCAGCAAUAAUCCCUCCAAUAUAGAACAGAUAUGUCCCAGCAAUAAUCCCUCCAAUAUAGAACAGAUAUGCCCCAGCAAUAAUCCCUCCAAUAUAGAACAGAUAUGUCCCAGCAAUAAUCCCUCCAAUAUAGAACAGAUAUGCCCCAGCAAUAAUCCCUCCAAUAUAGAACAGAAAUGUCCCAGCAAUAAUCCCUCCAAUAUAGAACAGAUAUGUCCCAGCAAUAAUCCCUCCAAUAUAGAACAGAUAUGUCCCAGCAAUAAUCCCUCCAAUAUAGAACAGAUAUGUCCCAGCAAUAAUCCCUCCAAUAUAGAACAGAUAUGUCCCAGCAAUAAUCCCUCCAAUAUAGAACAGAUAUGCCCCAGCAAUAAUCCCUCCAAUAUAGAACAGAUAUGCCCCAGCAAUAAUCCCUCCAAUAUAGAACAGAUAUGCCCCAGCUAUAAUCCCUCCAAUAUAGAACAGAUAUGUCCCAGCAAUAAUCCCUCCAAUAUAGAACAGAUAUGUCCCAGCAAUAAUCCCUCCAAUAUAGAACAGAUAUGUCCCAGCUAUAAUCCCUCCAAUAUAGAACAGAUAUGCCCCAGCAAUAAUCCCUCCAAUAUAGAACAGAUAUGUCCCAGCAAUAAUCCCUCCAAUAUAGAACAGAUAUGUCCCAGCAAUAAUCCCUCCAAUAUAGAACAGAUAUGUCCCAGCAAUAAUCCCUCCAAUAUAGAACAGAUAUGUCCCAGCAAUAAUCCCUCCAAUAUAGAACAGAUAUGCCCCAGCAAUAAUCCCUCCAAUAUAGAACAGAUAUGCCCCAGCAAUAAUCCCUCCAAUAUAGAACAGAUAUGCCCCAGCAAUAAUCCCUCCAAUAUAGAACAGAUAUGUCCCAGCUAUAAUCCUCAAUAUAGAACAGAUAUGUCCAACAAUAAUCCCUCAAUAUAG